UUUUUAUUUUUUACAUAGUUCAUUAAAAUAUGUUGUGAUAUUCUUAAGAUUUAAUAAAUUCAUAUUAUUGUUUUUCUUGUACGUCCUUCGAUUAAGUUUUCAAAAACAAUAUUUAUUUCAAUAUUUGCAAAGCCUGCCACUGAAUAAAAAAAACAACAUUUACAUAAAAAUUCAAUGAUUAAGUGGACAAAAGAAGGCGAGUUUGAAUAGAUCAUUUAUCAAAAGUGAAUUUAUCUUUUUAACAAUAAUUCUAUGGGCGUAUUUAAUUAAAUAUUACAAAACCACCUAAAAUGACCUAUACCUACUGUGUUUAUAAGUAGUUUUUAGUAUCGUUUUAAAUUAAAAAGUAUUUCAAUUAUUUUUUUAUUCAUAUUAAUCGUAUUUCAAUAAAAAAAAAAGUAAAUAGUUAUUCGUCAUAAUACAUAAUAUAUUGAUAUUAUUUAUUGAAAUAAUCUAUUUGUUUUCAAUUGUAGGUAUGAAUUACAGUAGACAUUGGAAUGCAAAAUAUUAUGUCAAAAUCUGAGUCACUUCGUUCCCAAGAAUGGGUUCCUUUUGCUACACAACAAGUAUGUACCUAAAACUACAUAUAAGAAAAUAUAACAUUUUAAUUUUGUACUUUUUGUUUUGAUUUGUUUCGAAACAAUUUACAGCAAAGACUUCGAAAUUUAAUACAAAUUUUGGGAUUUAAUCUGCAAUCUGAUUCAAAAUAUAAGACUUUAUUCUAUUACACAUUACAUUUGACUACAAUGUGCGCGCCAUUAUAUACGAGUGAGAAAAUUUGUGAUCGUAAUCCAAAAUGGGCAAAAGUAAAUAUUUCUAGCUCCAUUGGGUCUGCUAAAAGUAUGUAAUGAUCAUUUUUAUUUCUUACAUUAAUUAUAUUUAUUUUUACAUAUUUGUGAAAGUAUAUAAUUUUAAAAAUAAAUAGUAUUCAUUUUAAAACAAUAUUUUUACAUAAUAAAAUGUCAUUGUUUUAAGAACAGUUAAAUAUUUAUGGUAUUUUUAUUAUGGUUUUUUUUGUUUGAAAAUAUGAAAACUAUUCAAUCAACCUAAUUAACAAAAACUUAUAUUAUCUAAUUAUUAUCAAUACAUUUUUCAGCUGUUGUAAUACGUUUAUGGAAAACAGCAAACAAUCAGACAAAUAUUUUAUUUGUUUGGGCUAUCGAAUUGAGUGGUUUGUUGUAUAUACCGCCAACGCGGUUAACAUCAAAUAUGUUUCACACCAAUUCUUUAGUUUUUUGUAUGACUGGAGGAUAUUUUACCACAUCACAUUGUCUUUCUGAAGAUCAGCCGACAUUAGCACGUAUAACUGAUCUUACAUUACCCGCUAAAGAUGUUAGAACAAGUGGUACACUUCAACAGCUAUUGGGGUAUUAACAAAAAAAAAAUAAUAAUAAUAAUUCUUAUAUGUAUAUUGUAAUUUUCUUUAAGAAUGCAUAAUAUUCAACGGUUAACUAGCAAAAAGAGAGAAGCAGCCAAUUUAUUAAAAGACAAAAUAUCCCAAGGUGAAAUAGAUUGGAAUGAAAAUUCAGCAACACAUCAAAGCGCUACUAUACGUAAACUCAUGAGCAAAGAAAGUUUUCCAAAACCAUCACGUCAGAGUAUCUUGGAAAAGAAAAAAGAAAUAGAAUUACUUAAAAGCAGGGUGUUGUUGCUGUCUCAAGAAAAAGCUCGUAAAAUUGCAACCAUUCGUUAUAAAACUGAAUUGAGUAAGACACUUUAUGAACAAAAUACUGUACUAAGUAAGUAAAUAAUAUUAUAAUAAAUUAUUGACUAUCUAGAACAGGGGUCUCCAACCUGUUUUUACGGCGGACCAAAUUUAAUAUACGCUUUGGCAUCGCGGGCCAACAUUUUUAGAAAUGUGUUGUCUAAAAAAAAAAAAAAUUGUUGUCUAUACAGGAUUCUAGGAAUAGCUGAUAGGUUAUGAAAUUGAGAAAUAAAUAAGAAUAGAUGAGAUUUAUUUAAAAAAAUGUAUGUUUAUUUAUAUAAUUUUUUUAUUUUAUAAUUCAAAAUUUGUUUUAUUAUGAUACGAGUAAGUUACUUAGUGAGACGUUUGGAACUGCUUGUUUUUUAAAAUGUCUUGAUAGUUUGCAUCAAACUUCGUGGUUCCAAUUAGCAGUGUAGCUUGUAAAUGUUCGUCACUUAAGUUAGUUCUGUACUUAGAUUUGACGUAUUUCAUUUUUGAAAUGCUCACAUAAGUAUGUUGAGCUAAAUAUUGACAUCAUUUCACGCGCAUGUUUUUUGAGAUUUGGAAAUGAUUCCUCUGGCAACAUGGCAUAAAAUUAUUGGAGACUGGAUUCCUUGAAAUAGUCUUUGAAAUUGUUAUUUAGUAUGAGCUAGAUAACUUCAAGCUGGAGCUCUGUCGGUAAAGUUUCUAUUUUUAUGGCAAAAGGAUUUUCAAAAAUUUGAAUACAGUCUUCUGCACUUUCAAAAUAUCUAAACCCCAUCUGGAACUGCUCAUUCAAGUAGGUGAGAACUCUAACAGCAAAAUCGGUAGGGAAUUCUUCAUCAUUUUCAAGUUUGAAUUUGUUGCAUGUUGGAAAAUGGGUAAGAUUUUUCCUAUUAAUUGAUUUGUAAAUAGAGUUAAUUUUAAUUUAAACGCUUUGAUGUAGGAAUAUGUAUCUGAAAUUAACGAGUUUGCUCCUUGCAGUUUUAAAUUCAACUCAUUAAGGAGCUGAGUUAUAUCAAUGAGAAAAGCUAGUUCCCAUAGCCAUGACAAAUCAGCUAACUUAGUUACAACGCGGUAUUUUUCUGUCAUAAAUAUGUCGAUUUCUGAAGGAAGAUAAAAAAAUCUUUUCAACCUCGGCUGAGCCAACAAACUUCACAAUGAUAGGGAAUAUCUGGGUAUUCGCUUUCAAUUUCGGCAAGAAAGUUCUUAAACUGAUGGUGACUGAGAUCACUUUUUUCGAAUAUAAUUUACAUUCUGCACAACAAUAUUCAUAACUUCAGAUAUUGGUGCAUUUUUCCCACACAAAGCUUGCUGGUGUAUAAUGCAGUGAAUAGUCAUUGGUGCUGCAGUACCAGUCUCCAAUACAGCUUUAUUAACAUUUCCAACCGAACCUGUAUGUGCUCCACACAUGUUGCGUCCAGUAGUUACGCCUUUUAAAAUGUUAAAAUCAAGACCUAAAACAAAAAUAGAUUCUUUUACCUUCAAAAAAAUUUCUUUACCAGUACAUGAAUCUUUCAUUGAAUGGACGGCGGCCAAUUCUUCGGUUAUUUCAAAAGAUUCAUUGACUCCGCGAACGAAUAAAAACACCUUCGCUGAGUCUGAAGUGUUAGUAGAUUCAUCCAAAGCAAUUGAAAAAUAUUUAAAGCUUGUAGCAGUAUCUUUUAAUUGACGAAUAAUAUUAUUUCCGAGAUCUGUGGUACAAUUUUAUUCGUUGACAAGCUAAUACCGGUGAAUAAAUUGAUUUCAUCAGGACAAUUAAUAACAAAGUAAAUUCUGUUUUAAUAUUUCAAACUUGUCUGAUUGUAGUUUACCAGAUAGCUCGUUAUAUGUAGAUGCGUGCUUACUUUUAUAAUGUCUACCAAUAUUGUAUUCUUUCAUAACAGCAACCUUUUCCUUGCAAAUAACGCAUAAAGCAACAUUGUUUUGUUCAAUGAAGAAAUAGUCAUUAUUCCACUUUUUGUUAAAAACACGGCACUCUGUAUCAACUUUCCAUUUUUUACUUAAGCUCAAAUUUAUUUUAAUACAGCACAGAGCACUACACUCGAUAAGAAACAACACUAAACUGCAAUAAUUAUAAUAACUGAUUCUAUAUUAUAUACUCGAUACAUUACAGUAGACUCGCGCAGUUAGAAAAACCCGUCGAUUACAUGUUUGAUAGCAUUAUUAUUACAACAGAAAAAGUAUCUUAUCUGACCAUCAUCGCAUAAGUUUUGGGUACAAUAUAAGUCAGAUAAGUGUGAUUGACGAGUUUAUCUAUUAUUAGUUACAUAUAUACAUAUAUACUAAUAAUUNUAAAUUAAAAACAAUGAAAAUUAAUAUAUUAUUUUCAAAACAUUAUUUAGCUUGGCGGGCCGGAAUUGGCCCGCGGGCCGUAGGUUGGAGACCCCUGAUCUAGAAUAUAUUAAUUUAGAAUUUUUUUUCUUUAACGAAUUUAGUUUAUUAAUUUAUUUUUCUCUUUUACGUAGAUAGUAAGCUGACUGAAUUAAAUAAAACACUUUCCAACGAUAUCAAUAAUUUAAAUGAAUUAAAACCUAUUGUUUCCAAGUCAUCUGAAACAUUAUGUGUGUUGAAUAAGCAACUAAGUUGUCGAAGAAAGGAACUUAUUUCAGAACUAAAUUUCAUAUACCCUAUUACUGAGGUAAGAAACAAUAUUAUAAUUAUCAACAUAACAUCAUCAGUAUUUGAGGAUGUGCAUAUAAGCAAUUUUUUCAGUAUUUUUAGGAAAAUAUAAUUUUGUCAACUAAAAUAUAUUUUAAUACAUUUACAAAAGUUCUAUGUUAAAAUACCUCUUUAAAGAAAAUUUUGAUUUAUAUUAAUAUCAUUUUUUUAUUUUUAGUUAAUUUUUUUUUUUUAUGAUUUAUAUAAAUAUUAAUUUUUUUAGUGAUAUUUCUUAUAAUAACAAAUUGAUAGUUUAUAUAUAUUUAAUUUUAUUCUUUAAAAAGAAAUGGGCCACACAGAACAAGUUCCUAUGAGGACCAAUGAAAAAUUAUGUACCUACCUAGGUAUUUGUUAUAAAUUAUAUUGUAUUAUUUAGUAAAAAAAAUAGACCACAAAGAACCCAAAAAACAAUCAUAUGAGCAAUAAUAACUAAUCACAUUAGAGUUUAAUUAUGCAUUUACUAAAUUAUUAUAUGAAAUAUUUAAAAAAAAAAAUUAGAGGAUUAAUACUAGAGAUUUUUAUUUAGGAAAUGUUAGUUUAAGAUAUUUUUAUAAGAGGUAUUUUGACUAGUCACCAUUUGUAAGUAGCUCCAUGUCAAUUUAUAAAUUGAGUGUAUAAAUUAUUUAAUCAUAAAAUAAACAAAAAUGUUCUCAAAAUAAGAGGAUUGAUGAUUUUUUUUCCAAUUUUUUAAAAUUUGAAAUUUUUUGGUAUUUUAAUCACCACCUUAAUGAUAAGACUUUUCUUUAAUUAAUAAGUAAAGUAAGUAAAAAGUAAUUUAAUGUCCUGUAUCCAAUUAAGGGAACAGGCAUUUUUAUAGAGUUUUUACAGUUGAAUAUAAUGUUGGGCUGAAUAACUAGACAAGAAUUGCAAAUGAUGGAUUUAAGUUUUAAAAAUGUAUUAUGAUUCUUCAUGUUCUUUAUUAGGAUACAUUGACACUAAUUUUAAAUUUGUAUUCUCUUUAUCUUAAGUAAAAUACAAAAUAUAUUUUAAGUAUAUUUUUAAUUAUUUUCAUUAAUACAACCAAAUUUGUCCACAAUUUCUAGGAAAAUAAUUGAAUUUCUAUUUUAAACAUUCUAAUUAAGAAUACAAUUCCUACAAUUUUGUAUUUCUUUUAUGUAUAAAUAGACUAAAAUAUAUACGUUCCUUAUUAAUCUUAAUUAAGAAAUCCAAUGUUUACCAAAAUAUAAAAUUAAUGUUGCAUGGAAUAAGUUUUCACUAUAUGGAGAAAAUUUGGUUUCUUAAUUAAAUCUUAUUAUAGCCCAAGUCAUUUUUGAAUAAAACAAUAUUUUUAUAGUCAAAUUACUGACAGUUUUGGUCUCUCUUAAUUUUAUAAUUAUUUUGUACUCAAUUGGUUUAAUUAUUAUUAAAAAAAACUGUUUCAGAUCAUUGGAAAUAUUUCAAUAUGUAAUAUUCAUCUACCGGAUUCUGAAAAUUUAGAUGGAUGUAGUGAUAUUCAGUUGGAUGUGGGUUUUGGUUAUGUUGCUCAUUUAGUACAAAUGACCUCAAAUUUUAUGAAUAUCCCUUUGAGAUAUCCUAUCAAUUAUUUUGGAUCUCGUAGCAAAAUUAUUGAUCAUAUUACAUUUGACAUGCAAGAUGGAGACCGAAUGUAAGUAAUUAUCUCCUAUAAGAUUAUGGUAUCUAUAUAAUUAUCUAUAAUGUUAUGUUUUUUCUUAAGUUUUCCUCUAUUUGGCCGUUCUAAAACACGAUUAGAAUUUAACUAUGGUGUUUAUUUAUUAAACAAGAACAUCGCUCAACUACGUUGGUAUAAUGGUUAUGUUACCAAUGAUUUACGUACAACUUUACUUAACUGUUUAGUUUUUGUUCAACCAAGAUCAAGUUUGUAAGUUAUUAUUUUAAAUGUUUUAAAUUGUAGUCAUAAAGUUAAGUAUAUGAAAAUGAGACACAGAGAAUUCAUGAUAAUUUUAUGUAUUAUUAUCAAAUUGAUGUCAAACUAAAAUUUUAAUAAUUAUUAUAAUACUUCUUAGAUACUUUAUGUAAAAACAAUAAUUUUUUUUUUUUAUAUUCAGCUUAAAACUGCAUUCAUCAAGAUUGUCUUCAUCAAAUACAUCUUUAGAAUCAUCACCGGACAUACCACCAAGAUUUUUGGAGUUUCCAAACACUAAUAAUGGUUCAAAAAUGAAACAUUCUUUAUCACAACCAUUGCUUUUUGAAAACAAACCAAACGACAGUCACAGUGAUGUCCAUCAUUCUUCUUAAAGUGUUGAAAAUUUUUUUUACAGUUACUGCCUGCUAUAAAUAAAAAUCUGUAUAAGACUGGACCAGUUUGAUAUGAAUUUGCAUAUUAUUUAAUUUAUAUUCAUUUCUUUUUCUAUUCAUAUAAUAUUUAUUAUUAUUUAUUAAAAUACAAAAUAUCCACAAUUAUAAUACUGGCUGAUAUUUAUAUGGUUGAUUUAAUUUCCCCCUAUGUAUGACUAUUUAAAGCAGAAUUUUUUAAAAUAUCAAACUCAAUUCUGAUCUUCCUAUUAUUUUUUUCAUUUGUGUAAAAUUUUUGAUUUAAUUUACUUUUUUAUUAUUGAGACAUUCUUGUCACCAAAGGAACUCAACCAAAAUAAUUUAUUAAAAACAUUUAUGAAUAUUAUAUUAUAUUUCAAUUAUUACAGUAAUUAUUUUGGAUACUAUUACAAUUAUUAUUAUUAGUGUUGUAAGUAAAUAUGUAUAAGCGUCCAGUAAAUUUAAAUAAAAUACAAAGUUAUUUAUAUUUUCAUGAUAAAAAAGAAAUAUAUGUGUAAACAUUUAAAUGGUUGUUAUGGUUGUUAUAUAAUUCAUUUCCUCUCGAUGAUGCCACAGUGCCUGCUAUCUGUCAACUGUCUAUAAUUUAAAUUAUUUUCUAUGUACAAUUUUAUUAUUAUAUUAAAAACUAGUUUCCAACCUUUUUAUAUUUUAGUUUCCGAGCCUUUUACACAUUUUGAAAUUGUUCAUUUAUUAUAU